AGUUCUCGGAGCAAAUCGCUUCGUCUCUCUCCUCCGGCCGCGCAGCGCAACUUUUUUCUAGCAGGCCGACCACUCAGCAGCGGGGAUUCCCACAAGCCAACUCGUAUCUGACUUUCUGUCUUUUUCUUAAUUUCUGCAAACAAUGUGGCAACCCAAGAUACCGUGUUAGCAUCUACAGUAUGGCCUACCGUCAUCAUCGUCUCCACUUUUCAGCAGAGGGUUGGUCUUCUUGGUUUGUAUCAUUGGAAUUCGCAAGUUCCAGUUCCGGGUCAGAGCCAAACCACAUUUUCCCUUCGCGCAUUUCAAUAAAACAGCGUCCUUGAUCUUAAAAAGGGGAAUCCCAAGUCCGUGAAGCUUUUCGCUUUUGCAAGUUCAGUGGACAGAGCGCACUGAGAAGAUCGAUGGCCACGGAGAUUUCAGGGCGUUGGGACGGCUGGGUUAAAGAAGCACUCGCGAGGGUCGAGUCCCUCAAGAUCGUUAGGUCUCUGAGGCCCAUUCGCCUGUCGAUACAACAGGAUGAAGUCAGCGGCGAUGCGAGUCGAAAGUGCGAGUCAGGGAGCGGUGGGAAUGAUGAUGAGUAUGAGGUGUUUGAGGAAAUGAAACCAUGGGAUCGCACUUCUGUUGAGGUUGACGUUGCUGGUUCCACCUUCCGCCGUUGGCUCCAUGACAUCCCUAGCUCUGGAGACGAUGUUACCUGGGGAGAUGGAUUGGCUGAUAGCUCAGUAGCAGCAAGCGACCGGGAGUCCAAGAAGCUAAUUUUAUUCUCUAGUAAUGACUACCUUGGGUUGAGUUCACAUCCCACAAUUGGAAAAGCUGCGGCCAAGGCAGCAAAAGAGCAUGGGAUGGGUCCAAGAGGAUCUGCUCUGAUCUGCGGAUAUACCAAUUACCACAGACGUCUGGAGUCUUGCUUGGCAGAGUUAAAGAAGAAAGAGGAGUGUCUUCUUUGUCCUACUGGGUUUGCCGCUAACAUGGCCUUGAUGGUGGCAAUUGGAAGCAUCAGCCUACUGCUUGCUGCAGGUGCACAACCUGAAAAGGAUGAGAAGAUUGCCAUAUUUUCUGAUGCCUUGAAUCAUGCAUCCAUAAUUGAUGGAAUACGUCUUGCUGAAAGACAACGAAGUGUGGAAGUUUUCGUUUAUGGCCACUGCGACAUGUUUCACCUGAAUAAAUUGCUAUCUGCCUGCACAACGGAGAGGAAAGUUGUUGUGACUGAUAGUUUGUUUAGCAUGGAUGGAGAUUUUGCACCAAUGGAUGAGCUUGUGAGACUUAGGAGAAAGCAUGAUUUUCUCUUAGUCAUUGAUGACGCUCAUGGAACAUUUGUUUGUGGAAAAAAUGGUGGAGGAGUUGCAGAGGAGUUUGAUUGUGAAAGAGAUGUUGACAUAUGUGUCGGCACUCUGAGUAAAGCUGCAGGUUGCCAUGGUGGAUUCAUUGCAUGCAGUAAAAGAUGGAAGCAACUCAUCCAGUCAAGGGGUCGCUCUUUCAUAUUUUCUACUGCUACUCCCGUCCCAGUUGCUGCUGCUGCACAUGCUGCUGUCAUUGUGGCAAAGAAAGAGCAUUGGCGGAGAAGGGAACUAUGGAACCGCGUGCAGGACUUUCGUGCUCUCACUGGAAUCCCCAUCUUAAGUCCAAUAAUCUCUCUCAUUGUUGGUAGCGAAGAGAAUGCCUUGCGAGCAAGCAGGCGUCUGCUGGAGUCUGGAUUUCAUGUGACUGCGAUUAGACCCCCAACAGUUCCUCCGAAUUCAUGCAGGCUAAGAGUUACUCUGACUGCAACGCACAGAAAGGAUGAUCUAGUGAAGCUUACUCAAGCACUUUCCUGCUGCAUCAACUUCCAGGAGUUAUCCAUCCAUUGCCCAAAAGUCUAUGCCAAACUGUAAGGCAUAAUUUUUUUUGCCUACUACUCAAUCUUGUUUUCUGUUCUCCCUUCCUCAUGUAACUCAAAUUAUCACUAGUCUGUUCUGAGUAACGCAAUUUUUGGCCGGAACGUCGAUCGUGCUACAA